AUGACACACAAUUAUAAUGCAAGUUUUGUGUUCUUUAGUCUUACCAGACCUUUUAAUUGUUCAAAAGAACUGGCAAAGAUAUUAUUAGUGACGUAUUCAGGAACUUAUGCAAUGACUAUAUCAUUAAUUGCUGUUCAGUUUAUUUAUCGAUAUUGGGCCAUUUUUCAGUGAGUUAUAAUUAUGAUUUAAAGAAAUGGGAAGGCCUUUUUUGGAAGAAAAUGAAAUAUGUAUACAAUUUCAGCCAAAAACGGAUCAAAUUUUUCAAAGGUGGCAAAAUAUUUUUGUGGAUUCUUUUUUCGGCAUAUUUUAUGUUUGAUUGGGCAGCUUCUGUUUAUUUUCUUGGAGUGGAAAAUGAUAACUCAAAUGCAUAUAUUUUUCUAGAAUUUUUGGAAAACUACAAUGUGGACGUGAGAACACUAACACAUUUUGCAGCAAUAAUCUAUGAUCUUGAUUGGAAUAUUAAUUGGAUGGGAGUGUCAACAAUGGCGAGUGUUUCGAAAAAUGUGAUUAUUCAGUAUGUUAUUAUCAUUUAUUGUGGACUUAUAAUGCAUUUGAAAAUGGGAGAAAAAAUGAAAAAGUUUUCAAUGACAAAUCAAAGAGUUCAUCGACAAUUAUUUAAAACUCUAGUUGUUCAAAUAACACUUCCAACAUUUCUCAUUUUCUUACCAGUUAUGUCUAUGUUUAUAUUACCGUUUUUCAAUCUGAAAAUUAGUUUUCCAACUGGAUUUCUUCUUUGCUCCUUAUCAAUUUAUCCAGCGAUUGAUGGAAUUGCAGUUAUGUAUAUCAUAACUGAUUAUCGAUAUGCUAUCCAAAGUUAUAUUCACAAAUCUCUUCGAUUUUUGACCUUUAAUAGAAUUGCAAUAUAUGUUCCCGAAAAUCAGUCUGUCAAUGAGACUAGCCAAAUAAAGAAAAGAACGAGUCAUGCAUCGAAUGUUCUUGGAUAA